UUUUACACACUUAUCGAUAGAAUCGAUUGGCCGACAUCGAGGAAGUCAUUGAAAUGAAAAAUUAAAUUUCUUCAUAAAUUUCAUCAAAUUGGAACAAAAUGUCAAAUGAUGAAGUUUGCAAAUUAUGCAAGAAUAACCCGGCGAUAGAGGAAGAUCUUGAAAAGGCCAAAUUCAAAUCGGUAAACAAACUGCUGCAAAGACUCUUUGAGUGCUACAAAAUUGAUAUCGGCAUUCUGGGGGAGGAUUCGUGCCUUUGUGAGCCCUGUUUGGAUGAGGUUUCGCGUAUGAGCGAAUCCCUUGAGAAAUGGAGCAAGGGCCAGGAAGAUAUCCGGGAUAAAGCCCUCGAAAUAGACGACUCCGAGGCGUUUCAAGUGAAGUUUGAAGUUCCGUCAUCCGAUGAUGAGGAGCAAUUCCCCGGAUAUUAUGAGGAGCAAUCCCCCGGAUAUUGUGAGGAGCAAUCCCCCGUAUAUUAUGAGGAGCAAUUCCCCGUGAAAGAUGAAGCACAAUCAUCCGGGGAAGAUGGUGAGAAGCAAUCACCAGGGAAAGAUGGGGAGACAUCAACCGAAGAAUACGAUAUGGAGAGAACAGAAGAGGAAGAUGAUGAUUUAUCAGACCAAAACGACGAUAUGAAACUGGCAGAGGAGGACCCUUUCCAACCAUCGGCAGAUGAUUUCUUCAGCGUGGGCUUGGCCCGCGAUGGCUUGGCGAUAACCGAGCUCUUCAAGGACAGGACCAAAACCACCCGGAUGGUGUGCACUUGUUGCGACCAGGUGCUCGAAAUCCUGGCCCAGAUUCGAGUACACAGUGGAAGGGCCCGUCCGAAUCCGACCUACUAUUGCCGUGUAUGUGGCUCGGAUUUCCCCACUCUGCGCGAGCUACAGACGCACACCAUGGCGAUGGGGCAUACCCAGAGCAAAUGCGGUGGCAGGGAUCUGGAAUUCUUUUGCCUCAAAUGCCACCAGAUGUUCCCACGAUACUUCGACGUUAUCCGCCACGAGAAUAGCGCCCACAGUGCUUCACAUCCCAUAUGUGUGACGUGCAACGUGUCCUUCAAGUGCUGGGAAGCCUACGAGAAGCACAUGAAUGAACACAGUACCGAAUCUGACGAAGCAAAGGUCUUCCAGUGCCGCUAUCAGAACUGCAAUCAAAGGUUCCGGGUGUGGGCCCGUUUUGCGACGCACAUGAACUGGCACAGUGGUCGGGGUAACCUCUGCCCGCAUGCCGAUUGCAAUGCGGAAAUACUGCCCGGGAAUUUCAUGAUACACAUGCGCACGCACUUACAGCCAUGGCGAUUCCAUCGGAUGGGCCAGUUUAUGCCCUUGGAUCCUACAAAGCGGGUGGAACCGGAUGUUCGAAAGGUGCCGUACGACAAACGACAGUUUGAGGCCCGGCGGGCUCGCACUCUCCGUCCGCUAAAGCUCGUCCAGCCGCAUCCGUCCUGCGGAGGACAGUUCAUCAGCCUGCCCAAUAAAAUAUCUCUGCAGCAGGGCAAGUACAUAAGUGUUGACAAGGCAAAAGGCCAAAGAAAUUAGCUAUACGGACGUGUGAUGAUACGUAAUUUGAUUAGUUUCCAAUAAAAUAAUCAGAAUCAACCCCGAAUAGUAACAAAACAAGUCUCUUCGCAUAGAUACCCAAGUGAAUAAUUGAAAAAUGAGUUCUUAAAACUUGGUACAUCAAUUUAUUGCCGGAAUUUUGGGGGAAAAAAUGUUGGAAAUAUAUAUUGCCACAAAUUAGUUAUUUAGUAAUCUUUUUACGUUACAAUUGUUCUUGAUUGGAGAGUUAACUUCGUUUUUCGUAUUUGGUUGUUUUGGCGUUAAAUUCUACAUUGUUUUUUUUGAUAUCGUAUGAUUUUGAAGGAGGUGCGUACACAAGAAUAUAAUUACUUAAUUAAAUAACUUGGAUUAUUGAAGUGUUUUGAUCAAAUUUCGUGUCGGAUCCAUUUUCUUUUCAGGAAAUCUAUUCUGGUGUACACACUACCUCAGUUUUUGUUUUGGACGUGUUUGCAGAUUUCUUUUUGGUUUAUUUUCGGAUACAAUGGUUAAAAUGCAUAGCAAAUUUAGCUUGGAGCGAGUAUUCG